UUUGAGAACCCUGAUUUAUUCGGUCAAAUACUGAUUUUUUUUCUUGAAAAUUCCUGUCCUGAUUCCUGAUUUUGCAUACUAGACCGCUGCGACCCCUGAGUGGAAUAUAUCUGAUUUAAAACUUUUGUUUCAAGUAGGAAUCAUAAAAAUGAUGUUUCUCAGCAAAAUUUUCGCUCUAAAGCCAAAUGACAAGAAAUGAUUAAAUUAGAAAAAUACCAGUAGUAAAUAAAAUAAAAGCCGUACAUUCAUUAGAGAUUAUUUAGCAAAGCAAAUUUCUAAAACAAUGAAGUUCUAAGAGAACAAUCUACUGUUUUUCGAAUAUGUGAAAUAUUCAUAUCUCGCAGAUUUGCUCUUCAAAAUAAUUAACAAAAAUACGAUUUUACUAUCGAAAUGAGUUUUGUACACAAAAAUUAGAGAAUUUUUCGAGCUUAGAUAUUUUCAUUAAUAAACUUCGCUUUGUAGCGAAGUCCUAUUUUCAAUCAGAUAUUAUAUGAAAUCAGUUUACAUGAAUUUCAUACUUUAUUCUUCCUAAUAUUGUUAUGCUUUUCUGUAUUCAAGUCAACAUCAGAUACGAUAUUUAUUAUAAAAUCAGUUCGUCGUUUUUUUAUAUACAUCUAAAUUAGUUUCAUUUUUGUAUGAAAUAAAUCAUACAUGAUAUUUAACAAUUCAUUAUAUUUUUUUAGGAUCAAUAUGUAAAUGAAGAAGAAGAAGAAGAAGAGGAACGUAAACAAAUAUCAUACAGAAAAAUUGUUAAGAAAUGUCCAUUAACAUUUAAUGGAGCGUAUGGUCUUACUAAAGCAAAUCAUUCUAUUGAGUUUUGUAAGCAGAGACAAGCUCGUGCAAUCGAAUUAUAUCUUCAUUUCGUUUACAAGCAUCAAUUAAAAAAAGUUUAUGCUCAACGUUUGGUACGAGCUGUUGCCGAUAAUCAAGAUCCUAGGAUAACAAAAUUAUUUGAUGAAAAAGAAGAUGUAAUUGAUCAUUUUUAUAAAGUCCCAUGUCCUUUUUUUUAUGGACAAGUUAAUUCAUUAAAAGAUAGUCAACGAAAUGUAACCAUUCCACCUUGUCGACGUCGUUUAGUUGCACUUUAUAAAUUAGAACGUCAUUUACAACUUAAUCAUAAAAUUUCGAAUUCAUGGGCACAAAAAUUAGUUGAUGGUUUCAAAAGAAAUCGAACAAAAAAUGAUAUUGCUUUGGCUCCAUUAAUUUCAUUAACAUGA